GCGCAGGGGGCGGGGCCGGCGCGUGUCGGAGGGCGGGGCCGGGCGGUGGCCGCGGGCGCUGCGGCCCGGGCGGCGCUUCCCGCCGUUCCCGCCGUUCCCGCCGCGGCGCGGUGGCCGCCAUGCCGAUGAAGGGCCGGUUCCCCGUCCGGCGGACGCUGCAGUACCUCAGCCAGGGCGACGUCAUCUUCAAGAGCUCGGUGAAGGUGCUGACCGUGAACUACAACACGGCGGGAGAGCGGAGCGAGGGCGCGAGAAAGUUCGUGUUCUUCAACAUCCCCCAGAUCCAGUACAAGAACCCCUGGGUGCAGAUCAUGCUCUUCAAGAACAUGACCCCCUCGCCCUUCCUGCGCUUCUACCUGGACAGCGGAGAGCAAGUUUUGGUUGACGUGGAAGAUAAAACCAACAAAGAGAUAACCGAGCACAUUAAAAAAAUCUUGGGUAAAAGCAAAGAAACGCUGGAAAGAGAGGAAAGAGAAAGGAGGAAGCUGUCACACCCAGGCACGUUCGGGCCCAAGAAGUACCACCUGCGGGAGUGCAUGUGUGAGAUUGAAGGGCAGGUUCCCUGCCCGGCUCUUGUGCCGCUGCCCAAGGAGAUGAGGGGAAAAUACAGAACUGCUGCAAAAACCGAAGCGUGAGGCCGAGCGGCGCGGGCUGACGGCCGCCUGCUGCACUGAGAACAGAGACGGUCCUGUAACAGACAGCCUUGUUUCUCGCAGCUACAACUGGAGUCAUUAAAGUGAAAAGUAAAUAAAAAUAAAAUCCCA